UGCUGCUCGUAGUAAAGUCCGGGGGGGGGGGGAGGUUCCUGUGGGAAGUUCAUUAGCCCCCAGCCCAGCUGGGAGAGCAGCAUUUACUCACAGCCCUCGCUGGAUUCACUCGUAUGGGACCAAAUUGCCCCAAAGCCUGGAGCUUCCACCCUGGGCUGCACCACUAACAGCCCCCCCCCCAGUGGAUGUCAAAUCUCCCCCCUCUGGCUCUUCCUCAUGGUUUCACCCCGGGAUUCACUGUGUGAGGUAAAGCAUUAACCCCGACCCGCCGGAUUGCGCCCCAACAUGACUCUCCUGGGUUCCGAACACUCCAUAUUGAUCCGGAACAAGUUCAGAUCAGUUUUACAGUUACGUCUUCAGCAGAGGAGAAGCCGUGAGCAUCUGGUGGACCAAGGACUCAUGCCUCCCCUGAAGAACCCCGCUGCAUUCCAGGAGCAGAGGAAGAACGUGGACCGAGCCAAGGCUGAAGACUAUCUAAAGCACAAGAUUAGGAGUCGGCCUGAACUGCUCAACAUGCAGAUUUUACAAGAUCCAGCCAAUGAGAGCUCAGCUCAGGCGGCCCACAUCAAAUUAAAAAGGGCGCGCCUCGCAGAUGACCUGAACGAAAGAAUCGCUCUUAGACCGGGUCCACUGGAACUGGUGGAGAAGAACAUUAUUCCUAUUGAAUCAACUGUGAAAGAGGCCAUUAAAGGAAAUCAGAUGAACUUCUCCAAAUCUGUGGAUGCCUUUGCCUUUGAAGAGGACAGCAGCAAUGAUGCCUUGUCUCCAGCAAAGGAGCCGAGCGAGAACCCCCAGGUGCUCAACCAAUCUCUCCAGGAGACCAAAGAUUUGGAGCCCCUCAACUCCCUUCACUCAGGUCUAACACAGAACCAUUCCCAAGAGGUUGAUAGCAAUGGCCAAGAUGGAAGCUCUAGCCAGAGUCACUCCUGUUCUCAGCACUCCGAGGGCCAACUGUCUCCAUCUGCGACUGCAACAGUUAAGUCGAAAUCACCUGCAGAUGUGAAGAACAGGCACAAAAAGCCAAAAGACAUUAAACCAAAGGUGAAAAAACUGAAAUAUCAUCAAUACAUUCCACCUGACCAGAAGGCGGAGAAGUCCCCGCCGCCUAUGGACUCGGCUUACGCGAGGCUCCUCCAGCAGCAGCAGUUGUUUCUCCAGCUCCAGAUCUUGAGCCAGCAACAGCAGCAGCAACAUUUCAGCUACGCCGGGAUGCACCACUCCCAGCUCAAGCUUCAAAAUGAUCAGAUUACUCGGAAUUCCAACACCUCAUCUGUCAACAGUCCUUCCCUGUCUCCGGUGAAGACCACAUUUUCAGGACAAGCCAACAUCUCUAUGAAACCAGGACUGUUGCCUUCAAAUCUAGAUGAUUUAAAAGUCUCUGAAUUAAGGCAGCAACUAAGAAUAAGAGGUCUACCUGUAUCUGGCACGAAGACCUCACUGAUGGAGAGAUUACGACCUUUCCAAGAAUGUGGCGGUAACACAGUUCCGACCUACGGUGAAAUUACAACCGUGACUUUUCCAGUUACGCCAAACGGUUCUCUUUCCAGCUACCAAACUCACGCUCCAGCCGGAGUGUUAUCCAAUGGAUUCUAUCAGUUUGGCAGCACCAGUUCCACCCCACCCAUAUCUCCUGCAUCAUCUGAACUCUCUGUUAAUGGAUCCUUACCGGAUACCUUCAGCGAUGGACCAAUGUCUUCUCCACCGUUUGUCCUGCACCCGUCCCCAAUUCACCUAAGUGCCGAGGAAAGUCUCAUGAGCAGCAUGAACAGUGGAACUUACCAAGCAGAACUGGAAGGAAUGGAUGCCGAAAAGGACAAAAUGUUGGUAGAGAAACAGAAAGUCAUCAACGAGUUGACUUGGAAGCUGAGGCAAGAGCAGAGACAGGUGGAAGAGUUAAGGCUUCAGCUUCAGAAGCGUAAGGGUGACCCCCAAGACAAACAAUUUGCAUCUCAACACUUUUUUGGCGUACCCAUCAAACAGGAAGAUGUAUCGAGUUGCCCGUUUGCCGCAAAGCAGCUGGCAUUGAAAGCACAAGUAAAUAACCCAGCUGAAAAACUGGGCGCAGGCAGGGCACAGCCCAUCUCUUGCCUGGGGAACAAUCACUGCAUGGAUGCCUCAACCCAAAACUCCAUCAUGUCUUCCACUUUCUUGAGUCCUCAGUGUUCUCCACAGCACUCGCCACUUGGAACUACUAAUAGCCCUCAGCACAUAAGUCUGCCCCCAUCACCCAAUAACCACUAUCUGCUGUCGGUAUCCCCCAAAUCACAAGGAGAUAGGUGUAGUGGCUCUCCGAACAUUAACAACCGCCUUCACCCAACUCAGGGUGCCGGGAACCCGACUCAUUUCCCCCCAAAUCCAAACAACCUGCAGGCGCCUUACAGUGAAGCUGAGAAGAAAGGAAACAAGGAGACGGCUCCACCAAAGAGCCCAAAGAUGACUGUUUUACAGCCACCGCCCCAAAAAGGUCCAAAGCUCUCAGUUCCUUGUCAGAAUUUCACUAAAGCAGCCUCCACUCUUACAAAGCAGCCGCCCACCUAUGAGGAUGCAGUCAGACAGCAAAUUACAAGAAGUCAACAGAUGGAUGAGCUUCUUGAUGUCCUGAUUGAAAGUGGAGAAAUUCCCGCCAAUGCCAAAGAUGACCGGCCAUGUGCUCAGAAGCAUCAUCCGUUGAAUGUGCCUCCUGGAAACUCAAAUCCAUCGACUUCAAACGUUCACCUUGCCUACGACAACUGCUCGAGCCACGGUGAUGGCCAUCUUGAAGUCUUAUUAAACUCCCACAGCCCCUUGGGGAGGACCAGUGAACUGCGACUGCUUAAAAUCGGGAACGAGGACCCUCAGUUUGAAGGCGUCUUGAGUGGGUUUUCAGGAAAGUCGCCCGAGGAGAUUCUUCCCUCUCGAGAAAUCUUAGACGCGUCUCUCUCUUCUAUGGAAACACAAAUGUCCCCUUCGUCUGCAGAAGGUACAGCCAUACAGCAUCUGAGUUUCACUGAAUCCCCUUGGGAGACCAUGGAGUGGCUGGAUCUGACACCUCCAAGCUCAGCUACUGGCUUGGGAUCACUCAGUACCACCGGCCCAAGUAUCUUCAACACCGACUUCCUAGAUGUUACCGAUCUCAAUUUAAACACUGCCAUGGAUCUUCAUCUAGAGCACUGGUGAUGGACUCAACGGGAGACUUACGCUUGACUUCAAUGCAAAACUGAACCCUCAAACAUGAAUUUAUGUAAAUGCAAUCCAACUGACUGGGCGACAGUUACAAUCACUAAAGGCCAAAGGUUCUUCUCAUGUUUUCUGAUGCCUUUGUGGUAUCUGGUGUGGUAUCGUCUGUAAAGGAAUGCGUGCCAACCUGGAUGGCCAAGACUGUAUUAUAAGGAAUCUAUAUUAAUACAAUUGUUGUAUUACCCUAUGGGCAUAAUUACAGCUCCUUCAUCAUAUUACACUUUUCAGUUUAAUUUGGGCAUAUCUUCUCAUUCAUGUAGACUUGUUUUGCUAUUUCUUGGUCAGUAUAACAGGGAUUAAAGAAGCCACUGUAAGAUAAAAGAAUUCUACCAGAUGAAGACUCCCCCAGAGCUUUUUCAGAUUAGGGUCUUCAGGGCUUAUUAACUACACUGUAAAAAAAAAACCUUAUCUGCCUCUGUCCAAAGCCAGCCUACCUUUCUUGGACUAAACAAUGGGUAGGGUAAAGCCCAGAAGACCACCUACUGAUGUGCAAUCUUUUGUUCACUCAUUCACUAGUAGUGUUGGACUGGAUCUCCUGGGGCCCAUCAAAGACAUCAAGGGCCCAUUCUAACAACAGUAGAUAUAGAUAGUGGCAAAUGGUGUAGGUAUUUAUAUAGGCCCAUGAUGAAAAUAAGCAUAGGCUGAUGGGAAUUGUCCUAGGCUUGGGGCCUGGGCCCACCAGGAGAUCAUCGGAUCUAGUAGACCCGUCCAACCCUGUCCUCUAAGAUGGAGAAAUAGACAAGUCCAGCUUCAAAACAGUAGAUAUAGAUAGUGGCAAAUGGUGUAGGUAUUUAUAUAGGCCCGUGAUGAAUAUAAGCAUAGGCUGAUGGGAAUUGUCCUAGGCUUGGGCCCACCAGGAGAUCAUUGGAUCUAGUAGACCAGUCCAACCCUGUCCUCUAGGCUGGAGAAAUAGACAAGUCCAGCUUCAUGAUGUUUUUAUUCCCUGGAUCAAACUCGUCUUAAUCUGAAUUUCUGUAGCAGUAAACAAUGGCCACCCCCCAAUAUUUGAACCUAAUAUUAAUGGCAACGUUGCCCACCGAACCUUUGGUACCCGAGACAAUGGGCGUGUAUGUAUGUAUAUAGGUGUUUAUAUCUGCUCAUCCUCCUGUAUAGAAUAACAUGUAUGUACAGUAGGCGGAACCCUGCUACACUUGUACUGUACUCUAUCACCCCUGGAUGCUUGGGGUUUAUUUUCUAAUGGGGUAAAUAACUACAUUGAACUAUUUUGUAAUUAUUUUACUGGAAAAACAACACUAAAUUCUCUAAUAUACUUUUUUUAAUUAACAGAGCCGCCCCCCACCAAAAAAACGUUUAUUAUGGUGACGUUUAUCAUUUGCACCGUGAUAUAAACAGAUUGUAAAGAAACCGUUGUGCCCCCGGUUGUAUCAUACGCACUGUACAUAGUUAUUUUUGUUUAUUACCAAACCAUGGUAUCCGUGGAUACCGGCCGAGGCUUCACCGCCAUUGCCCCGAGCCCAUUGGCUGCAUGCUGUAUAUAGGUAGGAAUAGCUAGCGCACCUAUUUUUGUAAAAUUGUAUAAAAAAAAAACCAAAAAUGACUAAUAAUGUUCACACUGCACUGCUAGUAUAGGACAAUGUCACCUCUUUUUGUAACUUUUUUUUAUGAAUAAAGUUUUAUUUUUACGAGAAAAAAAAAA